AUGCUUAAUAGGUUGGGUAGGCGUUACUUUUGCACUGCUGCUCCAAAGCCGUGGCUAUUUGUGGGUUUGGGCAAUCCAGGCGUUAAGUACAAAGGAACUAGGCACAAUGUGGGGUUUGAGAUGAUUGAUGCUUUUGCUAAUUCGCAAGGAAUUGAAAUGAGCACGGUGCAUUGCAAAGCUAUCUUUGGGAAAGGUUUCGUGGGUGAAGUUCCCCUUUUUCUUGCAAAGCCUCAAACUUACAUGAAUUUGAGUGGUGAAUCUACAGGACCACUUGCUGCUUAUUAUAAGCUACCUCUCAAUCGUGUGCUAGUGUUCCAUGAUGACAUGAACUUACCAUGUGGGGUACUUCGUCUUCACCCAAAUGGAGGUCAUGGAUGCCACAAUGGGGUGAAGAGUGUAAUGUAUCACUUUCGUGGGAACAGAGAAUUUCCUCGGCUCAGAAUCGGUAUCGGGAGACCUCCUGGUCAAAUGGAUCCCAAAGCAUUCUUGCUCCAGAAAUUUAAUGCAACGGCUCAAGGACGAAUUGAUGCUGCUUUACAAGAGGGAGUUGAUAUAUUGAAGGUGCUGUUAUCUAAAGGCUUGGCAGAGAGUGCGAGACGCUUCAACUCAGAGCAAAAAUACAAGCAUAUGAGAUUAGAGACUACAAUGGCAACAUGA